GGGUAGGGACGGUUGAGGGUGGCGGGCGCCGUCAUGGAGGAGCUGGAGGGGCGGCAGGGGACAGCGGCGGGCGCGACCCUGUGAGGAUCCCUCGGGAGGGAGCCGAAAGAUUUGUAACAAACACAGCCUGUGCUUUGUCAGGACCCUGUUCAGAGCCUCCAUGUUGUCCCAUCUAAAUGAAACUGAUCUGAGAGCAAGCUGAAAACAUUCUCUUUGGACUGGUGCAUUUCCAGUAAGCUUUUGACUCUGAAAAAGGCAGGUGUGUAUUCUUCGAGAAGCAGAGAGGUACAGACUAAAUGGAUCUAAAGACAGCAGUGUUCAACGCAGCUCGUGAUGGCAAGCUGCGGCUCCUUUCCAAGUUACUGGCAAGCAAAACUAAAGAAGAGGUAGCCCUACUGAUGUCCGAGAAAACAAAUGGUGCCACGCCACUUCUGAUGGCAGCCCGAUAUGGUCACCUUGACAUGGUGGAGUACUUGUUGGACCACUGCUCUGCAUCAAUAGAAGUUGGUGGUUCGGUGAAUUUUGACGGUGAGACCAUUGAGGGGGCUCCUCCACUAUGGGCAGCAUCAGCAGCUGGCCACUUAAAGGUGGUUCAGUGUCUGUUAGAUCAUGGUGCAUCUGUCAACAAUACAACUCUGACAAAUUCAACACCACUUAGAGCUGCCUGUUUUGAUGGUCACUUGGAAAUAGUAAAAUACCUUGUGGAGCACAAAGCAGACCUGGAAGUGUCAAACCGCCAUGGGCAUACGUGCUUGAUGAUCUCGUGUUACAAAGGCCACAAAGAAAUUGCUCAGUACUUGCUUGAAAAAGGAGCUGAUGUUAACAGAAAAAGUGUUAAAGGAAACACCGCAUUACACGACUGUGCAGAAUCUGGGAGUUUGGAGAUCAUGAAGAUGCUUCUCAAGUAUUGUGCUAAAAUGGAAAAGGAUGGUUAUGGAAUGACUCCACUUCUAUCAGCUAGCGUGACAGGCCACACAAAUAUUGUGGACUUUCUGACCCAACAUGUACAGACCAGUAAGGCUGAGCGCAUAAAUGCCCUGGAACUUCUAGGUGCCACAUUUGUGGACAAAAAGAGAGAUCUGCUUGGUGCUUUGAAAUACUGGAAGCGAGCUAUGGAAAUGAGAUACAGUGAUAGGACUAAUAUCCUGAGCAAACCUGUGCCACAAACACUAAUUAUGGCAUAUGAUUAUGCUAAAGAGGUAAACAGCUCAGAAGAGCUAGAAAAUCUUAUUGCAGACCCUGACGAAAUGAGAAUGCAAGCACUAUUAAUUAGAGAACGUAUUCUUGGCCCUUCUCACCCAGAUACAUCCUACUAUAUUAGGUACAGAGGUGCUGUUUAUGCAGACUCUGGAAACUUCAAGCGUUGCAUCAACUUAUGGAAAUAUGCUUUGGAUAUGCAGCAGAGCAAUCUAGAUCCGCUGAGUCCUAUGACAGCCAGCAGUUUACUAUCGUUUGCUGAACUCUUCUCCUUCAUGUUGCAGGAUAGGGCAAAAGGCCUGCUGGGUACUACUGUCACAUUUGAUGAUCUCAUGGGUAUACUGUGCAAAAGUGUUCUUGAAAUAGAACGGGCCAUGAAACACACCCAGUGUCCUCCUGAUCCGAUACAGCUGAACAAAGCCCUGUCCAUUAUUUUGCAUUUAAUUUGCUUGUUGGAGAAAGUACCUUGCAGCUCAGAACAGGAGCAUUUUAAGAAACAGACAAUUUACAAGUUUCUAAAGCUUCAGCCUAGAGGGAAGAAUAACUUCAGUCCGCUUCACCUUGCUGUUGACAAUAAUACUACAUGUGUGGGUCGCUAUCCAGUUUGUAAAUUCCCCUCUCUACAAGUUACUGCUAUCCUGGUGGAAUGUGGUGCUGAUGUGAAUUUCAGAGACUCUGAUAACAACAGUCCAUUACACAUUGCUGCACUGAACAACCAUCCAGACAUCAUGAACCUUCUUAUCAAGUCAGGUUCACACUUUGAUGCCACAAACUCACAUAAACAAACUGCUAGUGAUUUGCUGGAUGAGAAGGAAAUUGCAAAAAAUUUAAUCCAGCCCAUAAAUCAUACUACAUUACAGUGUCUUGCUGCUCGUGUAAUAGUGAAUCAUAACAUAUACUAUGCAGGACACAUCCCUGAGAAACUAGAGAACUUUGUUUUGCUUCACAGAUGAUAGUUUGGAGUCCCAGAGUACUCUUCUUGAAGCACGAUUUGGAGAUACUUUCCUUGAGCACUGUUGUGAUACACCAGCGUUCCCUUUAGCUUGCUCCAUCUUGCUCUCAUUGGCUAAAGCAUUGUUAGCAUCAGAUCUGCAGAAUUGGUGUUGUGGUUUAAGCCCAGCUGGCAACUUAGCACCACCAACCACUUGCUGCUUGCUCAUUUCUCAACCCCCUGGUGGGAUGGGGAGGAGAAAAUACUAACAAAAAUCUUGUGAGUCACAACAAGGACAGGGAGGGAUUGCUCACCAGUUAUGGUCAGGAGCAAAGCAGACUGGAGUUGGGGAAAAAAAAAUCCAUUAGUCACCAGUCACAUCAGAGCAGGGCAAUGGGAAGGAAAACGAGACCAUAACAACACCUUCGCCCACCCCUCGCUUCUCUCCUGGCUUAAAUUUAUUCUCUUCCAAUUUCUGCAUCUCCUUUCCCUCAGAAGCACAAGGGGACAGGGAACGGGGAUUGCUGUCGCUCUGUCCCAUGUUUCUGCCAGUGCUUCCUCCUCAGGGAGGAGGACUCCUUGUACUCUUUCCCUGACUCCAGUGUGGGGUUCCUCUCACAGGAGACAGCCUUUUACAAAAUCUUCUGUCAUGAGUCCUUUCCUCAGGCUGCAGGUCUUCACAAACUACUCCAGCAUGGGCCUCUUGCAUGUGGUGUAGCCCUUCAGAAGCAGACUGAUCCAGCACAGUCUUCCCACAGAGUCACAGCCUUCCUGAGCACAGCAGCCUGCUCUAGCAUGGGAUCCACAAAGGGCUGCAGCUGGACAGCUGCUGGCUCAUCAUGGGGACGCAGGGAAAUCUCUGCUCUGGUGCACCUUCUCCCCAUCUCUGACUUUGGUAUCUACAAAGGUGUUUUGCUCACAUCCCACUCCUCUCUCCGCUGCAGGUUUUUUUUUUUACAGUUUCUUUUUUCCCCUUCAUACAAUCAUAGAAUUUUCAGGGUUGGAAGGGACCUUAAAGAUCAGCCAGUUCCAACUCCCCUGCUUGGGCAGAGAUACCUUCCACCACAUCGGGUUGCUCAAAGCUCCAUGCAGCCUGGCAUUGAACACUUCCAGGGAGGGGGCAGCCACAACUUCCUUGGGCAACCUGUGCCAGUGUCUCACAACCCUCACAAGAAAGAAUUCCUUACUAAUGUCUAACCUAAAUCUCCCCUCCUCAGAUACACUUCCCCUUAAAAACAUUAAUCUCAGAGGCACAUGCACUGCCGCUGGUGUGCUCGGCCUUGGCCAGAAGCUGGUCCAACUUGAUGCCAGGACACUUGUAGCAGCUUCUCACAGACCACCCCUGUAUGCCCUCCCCUGCUACCAAAGCCUCCCAUACAGACCCAACACAAAUGGGUACCCAGUAUGUAAUAUGAAUAUGCCAUAUAAUAUAUUUUGUGGAUUAUUUAGAAAUGUAAUGCCAUAUUUAGACUUUCAAAAUUGUCUGCCAAAGGCUUGUCUAUGCUGGUCUUACUUGCCUGUUGGGUGUUUGGGAUUGAGUAUUUUCCACUGAUGUCUUUUUACUGUAACUGUUAUGUGGAUUUUAUACAGUUGGAAAGUCAUCUUUUUGGUUUUGCUUGAGCAUUUCUACUCUCUGUUCUUUUUUCUAUGGACUCAUUGCUAAAUUGUACAAGUUGUAUGGACUUGAUAACAUUUGCAACUACCAUAAGUGCUUUUAUCUUCUCUAUGCACUGGCUUGAAUAUGACUGUUGUGUGUGAGCAUAUUUCUAUGCAGCACUUGGCCAAUUUCAACUUAAAUGCUAAUUCUGGUUUGCAGUUUGUUUGGAGCUCCUUUGAGAAUGCUGUCUUCAUAGCAUGAUGAAUUUGGGAGUUACUUACCAGCUCUCCAAACUUGGGUUUGACUUUUUUGACUGCUGUAGCUGAGGUUGCUUUCCUUUUUAUCCUCUGAAAAUUUGUCCUGAAUCUGGGAGAAGAAAUUCUUGCUUUUUCUCAUUGAAGUCCACUUGAACUUUAAAGCUGAAAAUUGACUUACUGCAUCGUGCUGCUAGGGGAAGAGUCCUCAUUAUGUAUAAUGGACAGCUUCUCCUUUGCACUCAUGUCUUGCUUGUGCUGGUUACGUGACUUAAGUGUGAAGUUUGCUCAAAGUUUAACCACAAGCUUAAUGGCUUUCAUGAGAAACAGAUCAAAUGUAUGCUGUAGUUUUAAAUUUACAGAUCAAGUUUAGCUACAAAAGAAUCUAAAAGCAUGUGGGUGGCAUGAUGCUUAUCAGUCCAGGUCUAGACAUCAUCUAAUAUAGUAAGUGGCUGUAUGGCAGGGUAUUGGAAGUUCUAUAGCAGUGUCCUUUUUUUCUUCGAGUAUCUUUAUAAAUACUUGCAUGGGUUUUUCAUCUCUACUGCUAUGUUAGCUGUACUUAAAGCAGUUCUGUUGUGUAUAUAGCUCCUGACUGAAGUACCUAUUUUUAUAAUAUUUGCACAACAGCUUAGCUUUUACAACAGAAAGGGCUCUUUGGACUUGAUAAGAAACCUAUACAUGAAGAUAAUAAAUGUGAGUGUGAUUCAGGUAAUUAAUAUAAUUCCGCACUUUACUGUUGAUUAAUAGUAGAAUUUAUUAUGGCACAGUAGCCCUGCAAAUGUCUUAAAGGUAAUUUCUGUUAGAUAGAAUACACUUUACUCGCAAGUUUGGUGGUCUGAUGUAAUGGAUAUUUUUGACUUGAUGUUUCAUUUCAGUGUUAGGCAGUAAGUGUACCUGUGGGGUUCUUGCUCCAUAAAUUCAACAGGUUGAUUUAGGCCUUUGUCAGUAAUGGAGAUAUUUAGAUGCCACUUUAAUUAGAUGAAGGUAAGGUUGGUAUAGAAAGCUCUUUUUUAAUAUUUUAUUUUUAUAUUUUAAGUCGAUGUCAGAAUUUUUGUUGUUUGUGAAUUCAGUUGAGGAAGAAUGUAUUUUGGGAGCAUAUAAGAAUAGUUCCUCUUGCUUCUGGGCUGUUUUGGAGUUCCUGUUAGUGUACUGCGUGGUGCCUACUAGCUUAGCCAUUCUUGCAAAAAUAUGGGGAUGUUUUUAAACAAAGAUAUGUAAAAAGCAGUGCUGUUUGUGUAUUGCCACUUUAAGAUUCUGUAUUUUGAAGUAACUUCUUCCUGUUUGUCCUAUGCCAUGUCUACACUAUAUGAAAAUGUAAGAGUGAGAAAUCCUUGUUUGUUUCUUUUGCAAAUACAAAGGAGUAAAAUUCUAGUAAAUUGGCUGAAUUUCUUGCAUUCUAAUGAUUAAAACACAUUACUGAAGUUGUUGUUUAUGAGAACAUGUAGUUUGAUUUUUAAAUUUGUUUUUAAUUAAUGUAAUUUUCUUUUUAUGCUUUCAUAUUGCUAUAUAGGUAGGGGUAAGCACCCCACACUAGAAGGGACCCACGUUAUACUUCAAGUCAUAAAAAUAAUACUUUUUCUAUAGGUCACAGAGAAAGGGAUUUUUAGAGUUUACACUCUGAAAUCUGUACCGCUCUUUAGUUUUUUUAGUUUAAAUUUCUAUCUUUGUAACUGUCAAAUAUCCUGUUUAAAAUUAGUUUGACAUGAUUAAUCCAGAAAUAUAAUCUAAAAAUUGUUAUUUGUUAGCAAAUUGUUUAAUGGAAAGAGUCCCAGAAGAGACAAUGUAUCAUUAAAUAUAAGUAAAUCUAAAGAAAAUUGCAGCAGGGAAGCCUUAUCCUGUUAGCUACUCUUUAAAAGCAAAAUAAUUUAAUAGGAGAUACUGAUGCAUUGUAGGUAGUUCUGUCUAAAUAUCUACCUAGGUGCCUCAGUCUUGAAGGCCACCGUGCAGGAUUAUUUUUUCAUGGUCAUGAGGCCAUCUGCUGCACUGCUCACCUGGCCGGAUACUUGGACUUAGGUAACCAGGUGGAUGAAUUAAUGCACUCAGUUCUACUUUUCAUUUUGUCUCUGCAUAUUGCCCUGUUUUGUUUUUAUUCAAAACAAGCUGGUACAGAGCCUGUGCUAGGGAUUAGUUCAGGGUUUGCUGUCUGGGGGGAAGCUGGGAUAGCAGGCCCUGUCUGACCUGCGUGUGCCACUAAGGCCACUGCUCAUGGUUAGGAGCAGUUUUGCCCCCGUGGCCCCUGAUUGAAACCAGUUUUGUCUCCAGUACAGAUACCAACUUUCUGAACCAGAAUUUUGUUUUUAUUCUUACUCUUGUUACUAAUUUGGGGAUAUCACAUCUCUUGGGGAUAUAUUUAUUUUAGUGAAAUGUUGAUGCUAAAUGCAGUGGUGUUGCUUGCUGCACUCAAACUGUGGUAAGGACAAGGAAAUAAAGAAUAUUCAGAACACAA